AUGCGAUUCUUAAAUAGGCAUUGUGCUACCCGUCAGCUUCACAAUAUGACAGCAACGCAAGCAACUUUCCUUUUUUGCACUCUAUUGCAGGCCAUUUUUACUGAAGGUCAAAUACCCGAUCCCGAACCGGAGUUCUUGGCUCCCCUGGAGAAUCACACAGUCACUCAGGGACGUGAUGUCUAUUUCACAUGCGUUGUUAAUCACUUGGGCUCUUACAAGGUUGCAUGGAUAAAGUCAGACACAAAAGCUAUUUUGGCAAUACAUACUCACAUGGUGGCACAGAAUCCCCGUCUUUCUGUUACACACAAUGGACACAACACGUGGAAACUGCACGUAUCUAAUGUACAAAAGAACGAUUCAGGCACGUAUAUGUGUCAGAUAAACACCGACCCUAUGAGAAGUCAGAUGGGCAAUUUAGAAGUAGUAAUUUCGCCAGACAUAUUGUCAGACAACGAACCCAACGAUGUGACUGAGGCCGUCGAAGGAGGGGCGAUUCGGCUCAAAUGCAAAGCUACCGGAGUGCCGGAACCGUCAGUUGGGUGGAGAAGAGAAGAUGGCAGCAAUAUCAUCUUACGCCACGAAAGCAGGGAGAAACAAGUGCUGCGAUCUUUCGAUGGGGAAUCGCUGACGCUAAUGAACGUGCAGCGAACCGAUAUGGGUGCCUAUCUAUGCAUAGCCAGUAACGGAGUACCCCCAUCAGUUAGUAAACGAUUCAACAUUAUUGUUCAUUUCCAUCCGUUAAUAAGGGUAUCGAAUCAGCUGGUAGCAGCGCCGAUUACCAGUGACGUCCACGUUCAGUGCUACGUAGAAGCAUCUCCGAAAGCUAUGAACCACUGGAUGCGGGACAACGGUGAAAAGCUAAUACCCAGCUCAAAAUAUCUGAUGGAAGAAUCAUCAAUCAACGAAUAUUCUCUACAAAUGAAUUUGACAAUCUUGGAUUUAGAAAAAACAGACUUCGGAGGAUACAUCUGUACAUCGUCUAAUGCUUUGGGAAAGGCCGAGGGUGUAGUUAGAUUACAAGAGAGGGUGGUGAAGUCCACGAGCACGGUGAGUACACCUAAAUAUAUAGAAACGAAGCCGCGUAAACCUAACUUCAAAGACAAAACGAAAAAGUGGAAGCCAAUACGAAAAAAAGAAAACAAUGACAAUAAAAACGAAGAGGAACAAGUAGUAUCGACACAUUUAUCUUCCGAUUUACAAAGUUCCAUUCCCACAGUUACUAGUUUAAUGACCAGUAGUCGUCCAUCGUGGAUACUACUGAGAAAUAAUAGUAAAUGUGUAACUAUAUCAAUGGAUAAAAUUUGUUAUUUCGUAACCCUUUUAGUUACGUUACGAGUUUAUAGACGUUAA